AUCUCUCUCGGCUGCACCCCUAUACCCGAUCAUCAUUACCGUUAAAAUUCUGGCCACCCUCAUCACCUCCGAUCACCAAUCAUGAACAACAAACCCCCGUUUUCUUUAUAAAUAUUUCGGUUUUGCUUUACCCGCUCACUUUCUUUCUCAAGGCUGAACUUAGUUUCCCAUGGAUUCUCCGCCGCCAUCCAUAAUCAAGUGAUAACAGUAAGUGGAGAUGGGCGCAGGGCCGAGGAAUCGCAGAUUUGCAAUUCCUCGGUGUUUGCUCCAGUUUCUUGCCGUGCAAUUCACGCGCCUGUUGAUGAGAAGCUGGAAAAUUCGGAACGCUUGACACACUUGCACGUAAUCUGCUGUUCCACUUUUGAUCUGCAAGUUGGAGUAUUGAUCAUCCUUCAAGCAGCAAAUCAAUGUGAUAUGAGGCCUAAUACAUUCAGUCGAGGCCCGGUUCACAUCCAUAGGCUAGGACAUGGAAGAGAUCGACACAAGAACAGGCGCAAAUGAGCACCAAUCUACUGAUCUUCGGUCGCCGAAAUAUGGACGACCUAUGUGGUAGAAUUUUUAGGGUUUUUGAGAGGGCUAUAAAUAAGGGUUUCUGUGAUUUUAAAAAGGAGAAUUUCUUUUGGGGUAUUUGGAAGAGAAAGGAAUUCCAGAGGGAAGAUCGGCAACAAUUUCUGGUUGAAGGGCUGAUUCUGAUUGGUAGUGAGACGCUGGAAAAAAGGGAAGAAAUUGCUUUGCUUGAGCUAGGUAUAACUUCUGAACAGAGGGGUUUUUGAAGAGGUGAUGAAGGUGAAGAUUGGAGCCUAAUCCUGUGGGUCGGAUUCCUUCCUUCAGAUCUGGAUCUGCCGUUCUUCAGAAAUUUCUGCCGUGUUUGCUUCCUUUCAAUGUUCUCUGUAAUACUUAGAUGAUUUGUGGAUAAGUUUUGUGUGAAUUUGCUGGAAAAAUUCAAUGAGAU